GUUCUAGGCGCGCAAGGUCGACUACGCGACAGUCAUUUGCUACGCGUUAGCCCAACACGUGCGAGAUAGAAUUAUUGUUCGCGCAGUGACCGUUGCGCGCGCGGCAUCCUCCCAUUUAUAGUGUAGCAUUACUCCGCUUUGCUCUCAUCGAACACGCACAACUUUUACGUUGUUCACACCGUGCAGAUCUGUCUUGUUUGAGAAUCCGUUAAUAUCAAACUGAUCGCCAUGGCGGAAGAAUAUCUUUACGGAAUCGUUCUCGAAGGAGCUAACUCAUCCGAAGUUUGGGAUCCCGAGCACAAGAAUGAUGAUGCAGAUGGUACGAACCAACAUGAUUAUGGUGCUGAUCAGAAGCUUAUUAUUAAAAUGGCACUGUUAGGACCAGAAGCAAAGCCUGGUGAACUUAAUGUACUGCAAGUAGAAGCGAUGGGACUCAAAGGAACUAUCAAAACACCAAUCGCUCUUUUAGAGAUGGGAAAGACAGCGCAAAUAAUUCUUGAUCUUAGUUUUCCUGACCCACCAGUAACGUUUACCUUGGUCAAGGGUAGUGGGCCAGUUCACAUAGUAGGACACAAUCUUCUUGGUACGCAUAUGGAAGAAUUUGUUGAUGAUAUGGAUGAAGAGUUAGAGGAUGAAAAUAUUGACGAUGAUGAUGAUGAAAAGGAUCCUGAUGACGAGGAAGAAGAAGAUGACGAACCCAAGAAGAAAAAUGCCAAAUUAUCUACUGCAGCCAAAUAUAAAAAUCAAGCUAAUAAGAACAAGAAAAAAUAAAGCAUGAGUCUUUGCAUAAUUGGGGAAAAACAAAAAAAAAAUAAAAAAAAAAAUACCAACACAGAAAACUCUUAAGUUAGGCUAUUAAUGCGUAAGUCCAUCAUCAAUUAUCAUCAUCCGCAUUUCUGCGAAAUCUUGUAUCGUUUCAUCAAAUUAUCAGACGACACGUGUUGCGUUCCACGUUUCUAAAACACAACUGGACCAAUAAAGUACAAUAAGAUAACAGUGUAUCAUGUAUUUCACAGAAAAAAUGGUAUCACGUUUUACUACUAGUCCACUUGUAACGAACUAUAACACAGUUUUAAUUUAACAGCAUAGUAUUACUACUUAAGUAACGAAUUUUCUUUAAUUUUUAUUUCUUUUGUUCCCCUUUUGAUUUUAUGUAUAAAUAUUUUAAAUUAAAUAUUUUUCUUUUUCUUUCCUUUUUUUUUUUAUAUAAUAAUUCUCAUUUUUUUUUCAUUUACUUCGAUAACAAAUAUAUCUUCGUUAUUUCUCUACUUGCCUUAAAGAAGAAACAUCCCUUACGCUUGAUUGUACUGUGUAUGUGUGCGAUAUAUAGAAGAAAAAAAUAUCUAUUGUUGAUCAGAAAUUAUUUUUUUGACAAAAUUUUAUGAAAUUUAACUGCUAAGGGAUAUUAGAUCUUUUGAGACAGGUAGUCUGAAGCCAAAAAUCCUUUUUACGUGUAAUCUCGUUUCUAAUAAUGUUGAAGUUACAUAGGAUGCGUUUAUAAUGUUCUUUCCUUAUUCGAUACAUACGAACUAAAUAUUUAACAAAAAUUGUUAUUUGAAUCCGGAAGUUUUAAUGACGAUGAGCUUUGUACGAUAUCAUAGAGAGAAAGAAAGAAAGAAAGAUAGAAAGAAAGAUAGAAAAAAAGGAGAGAAUGAUUUUUUAAAAAUAAAUUAUGCGCGGUCAUUCUUGGCCCAGUUGUUGUUCGUUAAAAUUGUGGAAAGCAUAGACGAACUUGCAGUAAGAGGAAAAAAGAGUAAGAGAGAGAGCGAGAGACGCAUUUGUAUUUCCUUUCUGUCUUCUCUGAUACCGUGUUCACACAUCAAAUACAAUACUUCCAAUGAUGUUAAAGAAAAAUCAUAAACAAAACAAAAAUCUACAUACUGUCUUAUAUUGUAGCCAUGUAAUACAAUUCAGAAAAAAAAUAGUAUGUCUUUUAAGAAAUUGCAAAAGCUACUCUAUCCAGCCACAGUGUAAUUUAUUAUUUUCGUGUGUACAAGAUGGGGAGGGAUAGUAGAGAUAGAGGGGGGAAGAAGCAGGAUGAAGAGAGGAGAAAGGGUAAUACUCAAGAAAAAAAAAGAAACCCUUAUACCGCAGUCAUUAAUAAUUGUUAAAGAAGAUAAAGAAAAAUAACAUCAGAGAGAGAAUUAUAAAAAAAAAAAAAUUAAAGGAAAAAGCAUAUUCACGCGUCACCUCGAUAUUCAUUCCAUUUGAUGAAAGAUAUAAUAGAAGGAGAAUUUACAGGUGUACUACACAGCAUUGUGUGUGUUUGUGUGUAUGAUGUUCUUACAUCAGUAUCAUCAUAUGCAAAAGUAUAUAUGCGAUUGGGUGUUUGAAACGCCCUUGCGAUUGAUAGUAGUCUGUACACCUAUUUUGUACAUAUACGAUACACAAUAAAAAAUUUCACAACUUUUAAUCAGUA